CCGCCUGGUGGAGUGCGGGUGCGACGGCGCGGUGGCGCUGGUGCGCUCAGUCGGCCAGCAGCAGCAGUCGAGGUCGCCGCCACUGCGCGUCGCUCGACGAAAUGUUGCAGCAGCAGCCGCAGCAGCCUUUGACGGCCAACGGGGCCUCCAACGGCCGGGGCCUCCCCAUGAGCGGCCACCCCGGGAUGGCUCACCGAGCCCCUGCGCCGCCUCCGCCGCACCACCGCCCCGCCGACGAGCCGCCGGCGGGCCUGGAGAACGGCGCCGAGAACGGACACGAAGUCCGCCGGGACAUCGGCGACAUCCUGCACCAGAUUAUGACUAUCACCGACCAAAGUCUGGACGAGGCGCAGGCAAAGAAACAUGCGCUCAACUGUCACAGAAUGAAGCCCGCUCUGUUCAGUGUGCUGUGUGAAAUUAAAGAAAAGACAGGCCUGUCCAUGAGGAACAACCAAGAGGAGGAGCCUCAGGACCCCCAGCUGGUGCGUCUGGACAACAUGCUGCUGGCCGAGGGCGUGGCCGGUCCCGAGAAGGGCGGCGGGGCGGCCGCGGCCGUUUCGGCGGCCACCAGCUCGGGCGGCAUGUCGCCAGACAGCUCCCUGGAGCACUCGGACUACAAAAGCAAGCUGGGCCAGAUACGCGGCAUCUACCACACCGAGCUGGAGAAAUACGAGCAGGCGUGCACGGAGUUCACCACCCACGUGAUGAACCUGCUGCGGGAGCAGUCGCGCACGCGGCCCGUCACGCCGCGCGAGAUCGAGCGCAUGGUCGGCAUCAUCCACCGCAAGUUCAGCUCCAUCCAGACGCAGCUCAAGCAGAGCACCUGCGAGGCCGUCAUGAUCCUCAGGUCGCGCUUCCUGGAUGCCAGGCGUAAGAGGCGAAACUUCAGCAAGCAGGCUACCGAGGUGCUCAACGAGUACUUCUACUCGCACCUCUCCAACCCGUACCCGAGCGAAGAAGCCAAAGAAGAACUCGCCAAACAGUGCGGGAUCACCGUCUCUCAGGUCUCCAACUGGUUCGGCAACAAGAGAAUCCGCUACAAGAAAAACAUUGGCAAGUUCCAAGAGGAGGCCAACCUGUACGCCAUGAAAAACGCUUUGGGAGCGAGACAGGGCGACGACUCGCCACACACGCCCAACUCAACAGGGUCGGGGUCCUUCUCCGCCGACCUGUUCCUCGGGGUCCCGCCUGUCAACGGGGAGGCCGCCUACCAAAUGGGGGUGCAGGCCAACGGGAGCUGGCAGGCUCGAAGCUCGCCCCCGCCAGGGACCUCCCCACCCCACAGCGACCAGUCAGACAACUCGGACUGAUCAACCCCAGCCCCAACACACAAUAGCACCCCCACCACCCCCCCUCCCCUCCUCUGCCACCAUUGCCAGACAAAAAGAUUGAGGAGUGACAAAGACAGAACGAAUGACAUCACACUCACUGCCCCACUCAGUCGCGCUUCUUUUCAUUUUCCCUUCUUGGCUUUUGUGCUUUUUUUUUUUCUUCCUGUUUUUUGAGUGGAGGUGGAAGUUUGUGUCGUGUGCAUGCAGGGUGUGAUUUCUUAUUAAUAUCGCCAUCAGGGGUUGUCAUUUUUCCACUAACAUUUUAAGUGUGUGCGCGUGUAUGUACCGAUUGCAUUCUUCUGGUUUGAAGCACACGAAAAGUUCAACAUAGACUAGAGUACUGACAAUGUUGCUGUUGGAUGACUUGAAGAGAGCGAAUGAGGGCAAUAGAGAAAAUCCAAAGACUUUGUAUGUUGUUUAUCUUUUUUUUUUUCAGAUUUUGUUGGGGUUUUUUUUUUAACAGGCUUAUGUGUGUAUGAAAUUUAUUUUUGGGGUUUCUGCUUUUGUUGUUUUUAUAACAGGCUUGUGUGUGAAUGAUAACCGUUGUCCUUUUUUCUGUACAGUGAAACACCUGUAUUCUCUCUACCUCUUUUACAAUAAAUAUGUGUAUUCACAA